UCCAUGUAAUGGCAUCUUAAGGAUAAGUUAAUUUUGAAUGCUUUUAUGUAAUUGCGCGGCAUGCUACUACUUUGAUCAUUUGUCGAACUACAUUAUUUAGACUUCAUUUGACAAGAGUAGUCAACAUCUGUUUGAAUUAAAUACCCCAUACUGCGUUGUUUUUGUACCGGAGCAAAACCGUCAAACGUUGAAAGUUAUGACAUCCGAGUGCAUCGUGUGAACGUUCCUGGUAGAAAUAUUCUAGCAAUGGUGGAGACUAUCUGUGAUCCUACAUUUGAGAGACACUUCAAAGGGCAUAAGGAUGGAGUUACAGCUUUAUCCUUUCAUCCAAGUGCCAUUCAGCUUGUGUCAAGUAGUCUAGAUAAAACAUUAUUGGUAUGGAAUUUGACGGAGUCAGUACGAGCUUACAGAUUUAUAGCUCACAAUGAUAGUAUUCUGGAUGUGUGUUAUGCACCAUCUGGUGAGGUCAUAGCCAGUGCUUCAAAGGAUAGAUCUGUGAGAAUUUGGGUUCCUAAAGUAACAGGGCAAUCAAUAGACUUUAAAGCUCAUAGUUUUGCUGUGAGAUCUGUACAAUUUAGUCCGGAUGGAGAAAAGUUGGUCACUGCAUCAGAUGAUAAAAGCAUAAAGCUGUGGAUGGUGUGUCAGAGAAGAUUUCUCACGUCGUUCGGCGGACAUACAAAUUGGGUUCGGUGCGCCAAAUUUUCUCCCGACGGUAGACUCUUGGUGUCCUGCAGCGACGAUAAAACGAUAAAAGUGUGGGACGUUAUUAGCGGACAAUGUGUUAAAACUUUCAAUGAGAUAAAAGCUCCCGCUGCAUAUGUAGAGUUUCAUCCAAGCGGUGCAGCUAUUGGAUCAGGAAACAUGGAUGCUUGCAUUAAAUUGUACGACCUAAGAACAGGAUCUUUGUAUCAGUAUUAUGCUGCCCAUAAAGGGCCUGUAAACAUGAUCAAGUUUCAUCCAAAGGGUAACUUCAUGUUAACAGCUUCUAGCGACUCCACAAUGAAGGUUUUAGAUCUAUUGGAAGGUAGACCGAUUUACACUUUGAAGGGACAUACUGAUGAAAUAACGUCAAUAACAUUCUCUCAAGAUGGUGACUUCUUUGCUUCUGGUGGCGCGGAUCGACAGGUUUUAAUGUGGAAGUCUAAUUUCUGUAGAGAUGACAAAGCCAGAAAGGUUCCGAGACAAUUGAUACCACCUACUAGCAAGCUAGAGUUUAAGCUGGAUGUUAUUGAACCAGAUGGGAAGCCGCUUAUAGAUGAUGAAAAGCGUGAAGGACAUGUGCAACAGGAACAGGAUCAAAAAGAAAUAAUUGCUCAAGAAGAAUAUUUAUCGGAUAUACUGGAAGACUUGGAUCUGGAAUCUGAUAGAAGCCAUUGUAAAGGUCCUAUUGCUGAUAUACCAAGGAAAGAAGUUGAAGUGAUCAAUAUGAGAAACGUGAAAUCUCCUGGAAAAAGUCGUGUAGUAAACUUACUGGUACCACGACACGAGGAAUUGCUUUACGCGCAAUCAUCUAGUCAAUCCAUUAAAGCAGUAGAAGCACUUCGUGAUCAAGUAAAGUCAUUACAUGACACAGUUAAUGUAUUGGAAGAACGUUUGACAGUAUUAGAGGAGACGCUUAAAAAGUAAAUAUUAAUACUCUUGAAUCAUAAUUAUUGAUUA